AUGGUCCCUAAUGAAGUGCAUGAGUAUUCAGGAAUUGUAUACCUGCUUCAGCAUUUUGGUUGGACCUGGGUUGGACUCUUUGUUGUGGAUGAUGAUAGUGGAGCAUAUUUCCUGAAGACCUUCGAACCUUUGCUCUCGGAGAAGGGAAUCUGUUCUGACUUUACACUUCGACUUCCACGCCACAGUCGAGUCUUUACCAAUAAUGAAAAGGAUGUUAGGUUUGUAAGUAUGUUGGAAUCUUGCAUGAAUACUACUGCCAAAGCAUUUGUUAACUAUGGUGAUAUUAUGACUAUUAUGUGGCUGGUCACCUUCAAAUAUUUAUUGCUUCCUGAUUAUAUGGAAAGUGCAUUUGUUGGCAAAGUGUGGAUAAUGACAGCACAGAGUGAGUUAAUAGUAACAGGCAUUACAAGAAGACUAAAUUUAGAAAUGUUUCAAGGAACAAUCUCCUUCACUGUUCACUCAAAGCAGCCUCAAGGAUUCCAGGAAUAUCUUCAGAACUUAAGACCUCAGUGGACACAAGCAGAUGACUUCCUCCAUGUUUUCUGGGAACAAGCUUUUGAAUGUUCAUUUCCAAAUCCCCAGGAGCUAAUACAGGAUGUCAAAACAUGUCUUGGGGAAGAGAAGUUGGAAAGCCUUCCUAGAACUGUUUUUGAUAUGCAUAUGACUGGCCACAGCUAUAGCAUCUACAAUGCAGUCUAUGCUUUAGCACGUGCUCUGCACUCCAUGCACUCAUCCAGGGCCAAGCACAGAGCAAUGGUGAGCAGGAAAGGGGUUCAUCUUGACCAUCUUCAACCUUGGCAGCUGCACCCAUACCUUCAAGAAAACUCAUUUAAUAACUCAGUGGGAGAGCAAGUAUCUUUUAACAGUAAAGGAGAGAUAGAUUCUGGAUUUGAUAUAACCAAUAUGCUUCUAUUUCCCAACAACUCCUUUGUUCAACUGCAAGUUGGAAGGGUGUAUCCCAGAGCAGUCGAUGGAAAACAAUUUAUCAUCCACGAAGACAUGUUUGAGUGGCAGAGAAACUUUAAUCAGGUGCUUCCUGUUUCUGUCUGCACUGAGUCCUGCAAGUUGGGCUUCCAGAGGAGAAAGCAGGAAGGAAGGAAAUUUUGCUGCUUUGAUUGUGACCCAUGUCCAGAAGGGAAGAUUUCCAACCAAACAAACAUGGCUGAAUGUUUACAAUGCCCGGAUGAUUAUUACUCAAACAAGAGCAGAGACAGAUGCAUCCCCAAAGUGAUAACAUUUUUAUCUUAUCAAGAACCUCUAGGAAUUGGCCUGCUGUCAGUAGCACUUUCUUUUUCACUGGUCACAGCCUUGGUGCUUGGAACUUUUCUUAAGUACAAAGAUGCCCCCAUAGUGAAGGCCAACAACAGGGACCUCACCUACACUCUACUCACCUCCCUCCUGCUUUGCUUCCUCUGCUCCUUGAUUUUCCUUGGCCCACCUGGCCUGGUCAACUGCCUUAUUCGACAAGCUGCUUUUGGCACAAUCUUCUCCCUGGCCGUUUCCUGUGUAUUAGCAAAGACCGUCACUGUGGUGAUGGCUUUCAUGGAUACCAAGCCAGGGUCAAACACGAGAAAGUGGAUGGGGAGAAGGCUGUCUGCCCUUGUGGUCCUUACCUCCACUUUGAUCCAAGCAGGCAUUUGUGCCUUAUGGCUGGGAACUUUCCCCCCUUUCCCAAAUAUGAACAUGCAUUCUGUACCAGGACAGAUCAUUGCAGAGUGCAACGAAGGCUCUGUCAUCAUGUUUUACUGUGUGCUGGGCUACUUGGGACUGUUGUCCAUCGUCAGCUUUGUGGUGGCUUUCCUUGCCAGGAAACUGCCUGACAGUUUCAAUGAAGCCAAGUUCAUCACCUUCAGCAUGCUGAUGUUCUGCAGCGUUUGGAUAUCAUUUGUUCCAACGUACCUGAGCAGCAAGGGGAAGUACAUGGUGGCCGUGGAGAUCUUCUCCAUCUUAGCUUCCAGUGCUGGCUUACUGGGUUGCAUCUUUUCCCCCAAGUGCUAUAUAAUUUUGCUGAGGCCAGAGCUGAACAGCAAGGAGUGUCUUGUAAGGAGGAAGAACAUGAUGACCAAGCUCUACCAGCACCUCCUGGCUUUGGCAUUUGCUGUAAGUGAGAUCAAUAAAGAUCCUCGGAAUUUGCCCAAUGUCACUCUCGGGUUCCACAUCUAUGACAACUACCUAUUUGAGACAAUGACAUAUCGCAGCACUCUGGGCUUGCUCUCCAAGUCUCAUGACUUUCUCCCCAACUAUGAAUGUGGCACUAAGAAAAGUCUCAUGGGCAUCCUCGGAGGAUUUUCUUCUGAUACUUCCUUCCACAUGGCAGAUAUUUUAGGUCUCUACAAGAUUCCACAGCCUGUCAGCAUGGUGACCAAGUUCUACCAGCAACUCCUGGCUUUGGCAUUUGCUGUAAGUGAGAUCAAUGAGAAUACUCAGAUUUUGCCCAAUGUGACCCUUGGGUUCCACAUAUAUGACACCUACUUCUUUGAGACAAUGACCUAUCGUGCCACUCUGGACCUGCUCUCCAAGUCUCACGGCUUUCUGCCCAACUAUGGAUGUGACACAAAGAAAACUCUCAUGGGCAUCCUUGGGGGAUUCUCCUCUGAAACUUCCUUCCACAUGGCAGAUAUUUUAGGUCUCUACAAGAUUCCUCAGCUGGCCUAUGGCUCAUUCCCCCCAGAACAAACUGACACAACUCGCUUCUCUUCCUUCUACCGCAUGGUCCCUAAUGAAGUGCAUGAGUAUUCAGGAAUUGUGCACUUGCUUCAGCAUUUUGGUUGGACCUGGGUUGGACUCUUUGUAGUGGAUGAUGAUAGUGGACUGUAUUUCCUGAAGACCUUUGAACCUUUUCUCUCCAAGAAUGGAAUCUGUUCUGCCUUCACAUUUCGACUUCCACGUCAUGGUCGAGUCCUUACCAAUACUGAAAAGGAUGUUAUGGUCAUAAGCUGCCUGAAAUUUUGGAGAGCCAGGCCUUGA